GGCGGGUGCGGGCCCUCGCUGCGCGGGCAGAAUCGCUGAUACGCCCUUGGGCCACGCCUUCCUUCGUAUCCCGUGCGCCUGCCCUGCCCUCCUGCAGCGCCCGUCGCCUCCCUUUCCCCUUCCCUCCCUCUCCCCGCGAGCCGCCAGAGGCAAUUUCUCCCUCGAUUCGACCCCGAUUCGUCCGCCCGCGACCGGGAUUCCCUCCGCCAAGCGCGGAUCUGAACGCUGCGCUCCGUGUCGCCGCUCGAAUCCGCCAUGAAGGGGGGCAAAUCCAAUGCAGCAGGCAGGAGCUUAGGAGAGGAGACGCCGACGGAAGAUUGCGGGGCGGACACCAUGCAGCGGAAGAUCUGCGGAGUACGGAUUCCCAUCAAGGUCUCAUAUGUCGUGUGCCAUCAGCUUAUGGAUUUGCCAGGUCCCAGAUGGAAGAAGGGCAAGGACUGCAAGGGCUUUGCAGCACUGGCAGCAGCCAAUCCCAUGUCCAGCAUAGUUGCGGAGCUCCAGGCUUCACUGCGGGACUCGGAAGCCGUGGCGAUUCUAGCCGCGCACGCCAGGGACGCGAUCCUCGAGGUCGGCCCACGCCAAGCCGCGCUUCUGAACGGCGCUGCCUUCGGCAGGGCCGUGGAGGGUGCAGGUGCAGAGAGCCAGUGGUUCCAGCUGGGCCCCGAGGAAGUGUUCUUCCUUUGCCAUGCCCUGAAGUGCCUCAGGGUUGAGUCGAAUAACAAGACGCGGAUUGGUGCGCCCGAGCUGUGGGGUCUCUUGGCCUCCGGCUCAGAGCAAUUCCCGGAGAUGUACAGGGCGUAUCAAUACCUCAGGCUGAAGAACUGGGUUGUAAGGUCGGGACUGCAGUACGGGGCAGACUUUGUUGCUUACCGUCAUCAUCCGGCACUUGUGCACUCGGAGUUCACGGUGGUUGUGGCUCCAGAAGGGAAAGCAUUCGGCACCAGGUGUGCCCGCAUGGAGGUCUGGUCUGAAGUACUCUGUGCGCUUCGGGCCUCUGGAAGUGUGGCCAAGACGUUACUUGUUCUUACCAUCAGCACCAAGAGCUGCGAGCUGGGAUCCUUGGAUUGUUUGGAGCAGAUGAUUGUUCAUGAGAGGACGAUCACGAGAUGGAUACCACAGCAGUGCAGUGAGCAACAAGACAAACCAUGUAGAGAAGAAACCAACAGGGAUGGACAAAGACAAAAAUCUUGCAUAGAAGUAUCAAGCAACGAAGAACAAGAGCAUACAAGUGGGGGUGUAGUGUUUAGCUAUUGGCCCGUAGUGCUAAGCUAUACAAUUCUUUUCAGUGUACUUGUCUACAAGCUGAAAUCUUAACUGAAGAGCUUCCUAUUUCUGUAUGCUCAUGUUGAUUAGCGUGAAUAAUGCAAUUCUAUGGUACGAAUUUGUUGUGAUUCUCAUUGAAGUUUCUA